AUGACCCUUCAAUUGGCCAAUCAGUCUAUUAAGUUUCCAAAGGGGAGAGUUGAGGAUGUUCCCCUCAAGAUAGGAGAGUUUACCAUUUCCGUUGAUUUUAUUGUGCUUGAGAUUGCGGAAGAUGACCAUAUCCCUAUCAUUUUAGGAAGACCUUUCUUAACCACUUCGGGAGCCUUAAUAGAUGUCAAAGGAGGUCGUAUUACCUUGAGAGUUGGUAAGAAUGAGGAAAGUUUUGAGCUAAAACCAAUGCAUGACUCUUUGUCUCUUGUGAAAGGAAUUAUGUGUGUUAAUUCCCCUCGCCCUAUUGAUAAUGUAUGCAUGAUUGAUUCUUCAACUAACAAUGUUCUAGAGAAUUGUGAUGAUGUGCUUUUGAGGUGUGAUUGCAAGAAGGUUAGUGAAGAGAAAACGAAGCUUCCUAAGCAUAUGGACGAGGAGGUAAUUGACAUUCCUCAUGGGUUUGAGCUCAACCCUCAAGAGGAGGAAGAUGACCCUAAGAGUGUGGAUGGUUAG